ACAAGUGUGAAAACGCUUGGAUCUGAUCUCACGAAAUGCAUGCGCCGCCGCGCUGAGUGCUGGAUCCAGCGCGCUCAUCUUCCUUCCGUUUUAGUUCUUCUCCGCUAAGCGCUGCUUAAACCUGAAGCAAACCCUAAUGGAGGAUCCUGGUUAAGCCGGCCCUUUUGAGGAGCUAACAAAUUCCAAAUCGUCCCUAGCCACAGUGCCAGCCCACCAUCACGUGAACGCCAUGGGGUUAUUGCCCUCGUUAAAACCUAUGGAUUUCUAGCAUCAUCUCAAGAACCCGGACAAAAAAUCUCUCUUGCUUCUACUUGUGAAAACGGCUAAGGUAGAAACAAAAACCUCCCCAAAAAGGUUGAAAAGCAGAUGAUAAAAAGGCCACCGGAUCACUCGAAUAGAAGUGUUCGAGUAAUCGAAUAAAAAUUCCAUUUCUUUAUUAUCCCUGCGCCCUGACGACGGCGGCGACCCGACCAUGGAGGGGGGCGCGGCGGCGGACAAGGACAAGGGCCCGGCGGCUGACGAGCUCGCCGGCGGCGCCGACGCCAGCUUGAAUGCCUUCUUUGACCACGCGGGGUUGGAGUUGACGGCGGGAGGAGGGGGACAGGGGGCGGAGGAAGAGGAGGAGUUGGAGUGGCUCUCGAAUAUGGACGCGUUCCCGUCGGUGGAGACCAUGGCGGCGGAGGCGGAGGCAGCGCCGUCGCGUCCGGUGGUGGGCCUGGACCGGCUGGAGGCGCUGCCCCAUGUGGUCGGGCCGAGGACCAAGGGGCUGCGGCGGCGGCGGCGGGUGACGGCGCCGUGGAGCCUCCCGCCGGUGCUGCCGCUCCCGCCCCCGUCCCACGCAGCGGGCGGCGCGGCGCGGCGCCGGUGCACGCACUGCGCGACGGAGGAGACGCCGCAGUGGCGGCAGGGUCCGGACGGCCCCAGCACGCUGUGCAACGCGUGCGGCGUGCGGUUCAAGUCCGGGCGGCUCUUCCCGGAGUACCGCCCGAUAAACAGCCCCACUUUCUCCCCGCUGCUGCAUUCCAACUCACACCGCCGCGUCCAGGAGAUGCGCCGCCAUCUGGCGGAGGAGACCACGGCCGGCGGCCGCGCCGGCGCCAGGGUCCGCCGUGCCGCGCGCGCACCGUCGCCAAGGGCAAGUGAUGGAACAACGCCUUGACCGAGAGAGAAAUGGAUGCUUUCUUGACGAUGGAGGAUGGAGAUGAUUAGAGAUUAUGAUUAGCUUCGCUCCUUAUCUGCUUAGUUUUUUCCUUUGCAAUUUUCGUCUUGCUAGUAAUUUAGGGUUAGGGGUUCAAGCAGCAGCACUUGCUGCAUGCUGGGGUAGUCUCUCUCUGGCAAGAAGAGGAGAAAAAAGAAGAGCGCCAUUGUGAUCAAAACUUCCUGGUGUAACAAGACUCAUGGAGUCAUGGUGAUAAGCUGUCUGUUCAAAUGGGAUAAGCUCUCAUCAGCUUACCUAUUCCUCCUAGUCCUAGUAGGGAGUCGAUCAAGAGCAUGAGAAGCGUACAUGAAAUGCGACAUGUCUGCCACUCGACGGGCUAGAUGCGGCUGGUACAUACGAUUUUGACGGGUUUUGC